AUGUCUCAAAGUGAUUUUUCUUCAUUUCAUUACUAACUUGAUGAUAAUGAUGACGUACAAACCAUUCAGUCCUCAUACUUCCAACAAAAGAAGUGCUGCUUUACAGAGAAUUACUUGGUGUUUUCAUUGAAUGAAAGGAUGCCACAGAUGACUGAAUUAUACUUAGACAAAGAAGAUGAUGUAUUGGAUUUCUGCAAAAAAGUUAUAUUUCAGCCAUCAUCAAGAACGUAAAGCAAUGUAUUCUAAGUGAUUAGUGAUCCAAAUAAUGAGGAGCAGUAUGGUCUAUAUGAGAAUAAAGAUAGAAAUGCCUCGCAAUAUAUGGAGUAACUUGGACCAAAUGGUGAAAGAUAAAGACGAUAUUCAAUUAUUGUUGAAAGUAAUAUACUUGCUUACUCUAAAAGAUAAUUGAGCUAUCUAAGUAAGUCAAUCACUGUCAUAAAUUCCUCUGCUAAUCAUUCAAGAAGAAGUAGUAUUACUAGCGGUAGAUCAACUCUUACUAAGCAGAAUUCUCAGAUACUUUAAUCUGGUAACGAAAGUGAUGGAUAUAGCUCACCAGAAAAAGUUAAGGGGAAAAAAACUCAAAGAGAUCGUUCACAUAUAUUGAUAUUUACUUUAAGGGUAAAUGAAGCCAAGGCAGUUGAAAGAACUAUUAAAGAUUUUCUUGAUUUAAGACUUGCAUUCGCUAGAGCAUUUCCAGGUUGCUAUAUUCCUAAAAUUAUUCCAGUAGAGGUCUAAACUGUAAUAAACUUGGAUAAUUAACUAUAUAGGAUCUGCCUCAAUAUAUUUUUGAUAAAAGAAAGCCAGAAAUACAAACCUGUUUAAAGCAUUUUGCAAUCGAAAACUUAAGACAAAUUUAGAAUCUACUUUAAAUACUUUGAGCAGAAUCUCUUAAGCUUAAAUUCUCAAUAAAUACAAAGAGCACUUUCUACAUCUGUCUGGAAAGAAGAACUUGCAAAAGAAGAUGCGAAUGAUGCUUCGAUAUUUAGAUCAGAUCAAAAAGCUUGUGAUCGCUUUAAUGACAUGAACGUUGAAAUGCAAAUGAAUGCAUUGAAUACCUUAAAUGAUUUCGUCAGAGACGAGUUGAGUGACUGUGAAAGUUUCAAUGAAGCUAUGAAAGAAAUAAAAAGACUUAGCCUGCAGAGAACUGAAAUCAAAUCUAAACUUGAUAGAUCUUUGGAAUAGCUAAGUGUGAUAGAUAGAAAAAUGAUUCAAAGAUAUAAAUAAGCUAAGUACGAGCUUGAGAUUGUAAGUAAAGCAUUAUAGUAAUUUACUGAUGACAAAAUUUUAGCUUGA